UUUAAACGUAAGUUCUCCAUUAUUUCGAUCAGUUCGUUAAUUUAUAACCAUGCCUUCAUCAAUUGUAUCAAUAUUUUUGCUUAUUGUAUGUAUUAGUAAUUUUGAUUUUGGAUUAAAAUAUGAAGACAACGACUUAGGACAACCUUUAUUCUUAACACCACUUAUUGAAAAUAACCAGAUAUCAGAAGCAAGAAGACUAGCUGAAGUACCAUCUGAUAUUUUUAAAAAUGUAAAAAGUUACUCAGGAUAUUUCACAGUAGAUAAAAAUUUUGAUUCAAACUUGUUCUUUUGGUUUUUCCCAGCUAAAGAAUGUUAUGAAAAUGCACCUGUGAUACUUUGGUUACAAGGAGGUCCAGGUGCUCCAUCGUUGUACGCUAUAUUCAAUGAAAACGGACCAUUUAUACUGAAACCAGAGCUGGAAUUAAAUCCUUACUCGUGGACCAACACCCACUCAAUUAUAUACAUCGACAGUCCAGUCCAAACAGGUUACAGUUUUACAGUUAAUGGUUUUGCUCAAAACGAAACAAAAGUUGGUGAACAUCUUUAUGAAGCAUUGAAACAGUUUUUCAUUAUUUUUCCCGAGUUACAAACUAAUGAAUUUUUCGUAGCUGGGGAGUCGUAUGCAGGAAAAUAUGUUCCGGCAGCUUCUUACACUAUCCUCAAAAAGAACCCAACUGCUGAUAUGAAAAUUAACUUGAAAGGUAUGGCUAUUGGAAGCGGACUAUGUGAUCCUGAGAAUCAGAUGAAAUAUGGUGAAUAUCUGUAUCAAAUUGGGUUGGUAGAUACUUCAGGGAAGAAAAAGUUUGAACAUCUGGAAAAAGAGUUAUUAACAGCCAUUCGUAAUAAAAAUUUUCACAAAGCUUAUCUACUAUUCGAUGAUCUUUUAAAUGGAGAUAAAAAUGGAGGAAAUACUCUUUUCAAGAAUUUAACAGGCUACAACCAGUAUUUUAAUUAUUUGUACAUUGGAAAUUCAAAGAAUAAAGGUGUGGAUUUGAGCUUCACAGAAUUUAUAGAAACUUCAAAUGUACGUAAAGCAAUUCAUGUUGGGGAUUUAAUUUACCAUGAUGGAAAGGAAGUUAAACAACAUUUGUUAGAAGAUUUGAUGCAGUCUGUAGCUCCUUGGAUUUCAGAAUUGCUUAGUAAUAUAAGGGUUCUUUUUUUUAAUGGUCAAUUAGAUAUUAUAGUUGCUUAUCCUCUGACUGAAAACUUUUUGAAACAUUUGGACUUUGAUGCUGCUGAAGAAUACAAAACAGCUGUUAGGCGUAAAUGGUACGUUGGGAACGAAUUAGCUGGGUACAUGAAACAAGCAGGAAAUUUGACUGAAAUUGUAGUUAGAAACUCAGGGCAUAUGGUACCUAAGGAUAAACCCGAAAUAGCACUGAAUCUUAUCGCACAAUUUACUAGAAAUUGUUUUCAUAAUGUGUCUAUCCGAAAAAACUUGUAGAAAAAAUAAUAAAUAUUUAACAGUGGACAAGAGUUUCAGCUCUAAUUUCCUGGUUUGUCCCAAUCCUAAAUGAUUAUUCAAACGCUCCCGUUAUUUUUUUAAUUCAAUGAGAUCCAGGAGCUUCUUCAUUAAUUCGUCUAUUUGUAGAAAAAGGUUUUUCUAAAGUAAAUCAUGAAAAAUAAUUGAAAGUUCGAUAUUGUAUGUGGGUGGAAACGAAUUCUGUUAUCUACAUAAUAAUCUAGUAGGAAUUGACUACAGCUUUACAUAUUGAGUCUAUGUCCAAAACGAUGAGGUUUUAUAAGUUGCUAUACAAUUUUUACCUCUAUUUCCUGAGUUGGAGAAAAAUGAUCUGUGUAUCUGGAGAAUCUUACAGUUAGUCUUGACUUUCUAACAGGGGAUGUAGUCUUGUAAAAUGUGUUUAUAGGCAACCAACUUAGUAAAGUAUAUUGUACAGAAGUUCUCUAGCGGAAAUAUAUAAAGACGAAAUUUCUUCUUAAAUGUUAUUUUGGAUUUUCUAAUAGUUCAUUCAGUUGACCGCCAAUUGAUCUCCGGUGUGAAAUAAUAGGACCAUGUUCCAACCAUUCUUAUAUAUAGAGUCAAAAAUUUGAGUUUACAAUUAACAACUCCAAACACUACUCUGAAACAUCAAACGUUUUUUUUUAGUUGAUUGCGAAUCCGUGCGGCACCGCCUUUGAACAGAGCUUUCGCAUAUCCAAAUAUUCAUUCACGAUAUCUUAAGGGUCUGAUCUGUCUCAAUCAGCUCCACUUUGCUGUUAUCCGAAAUUAUGUGUAUUUUUCUAAUAUCUAUGCUCGUUUCCUCUUGUUUAAACUUAGUAAACAACAUGUCAACGGUUGAUUUCCCUGUAGCAAAAUUGAAUAAUCUUUAUGAAACUAAGUUUUGGUUUCUACAGUAUUUUUUGCCAAAAACCUACGUUUUAUUAACACAUAAAAUUUAUUUUAAUAUAUUUUUUCAAACAAGCAAAA